GUACACACACGCCCUCCGACGCGCUCAACGUUCCGCGCAGCUUACUUCAAGACAAUCCACCAUGCCGGGAGUUAGGGAUAUCAGCGCAGACGCCUUCAUUGUCGCAUACUCGUCUCACCUCAAGCGAUCAGGCAAGCUUGAGGUCCCCACAUGGGUUGACAUGGUCAAAACCGGCUCCUACAAGGAGCUUGCACCCUACGACCCCGACUGGUACUACGUUCGUGCCGCUGCUAUCGCACGGCACAUCUACCUCAGAAAAGAUGUCGGCAUCGGCGCUUUGACCAAGCUCCACGGUGGCCGCAACCGCCGCGGCAACCGUCCAUCGCACCACGCCCCCUGCUCCUCCUCGGUCCAGCGACGGAUCUGCCAGUCCCUCGAGAAGAUCGGCGUCCUCGAGCAGACCGACAACGGUGGCCGGAGAAUCUCCCAGGACGGCCAGCGUGACCUCGACCGUAUCGCCACUGCCGUCGUAGAGGCUGCCAGGGAAGAGGAGGAGGAAGAGGUCGAGGAGGAAGAGGAGGAAGAGGAGUAAAUGUUGUAAUUGUCCCCACCCCUGCUUGCCGUUUGGACGUCUUGUCGCCCUCGCAUGCUCUCCCACUGGGCUACCCAUGGAUCUUUAUGACAACUUGGUAUGAUGCAUGCACCCCACAAAAUAUGGCAUUCUUUGCUCUCACUCGCG